ACAAACGGCUCUGGAAGCUAAGGUUCGUCGUCUGCUGCUUGUGUGUCGUCGUCGUCGUCGUCGUACAACGCCGCCAUCGUUUCAUUUCUUAUUGAUCGAGUUGUGUGCACGUCGUGUUUACCUGACGAUAAUUCUCCACCGACCUUUAACUGGGUGCGACGGGAACUACUUACUCUCGUCUGCUGUUCGCCUCCUGCUCCGGCCAUCCCGGUUGUAUCCAACUCAUUUAUUAAUUAAUUAAUUCACUUAAUUACCUCGUUGGCGGAGGACUGAUCGAGCUGGACUUAAUUUAAAACUCUGAUUAACGAAAACGUUUUUUCGUCUUUUUUUCCGUAUAGGUUUAACUAGGAAAGAGAAUUUCCCUUCGAUUUUUCGUAGUUUAUUCAUACACUAUUCCCAUCGAUUUUUCGAAGUUUUUUUUUGUUACGUAUUUUUUUCAUCGAUUCUCGUAGUUUUUAUGUAAAAGUGGAUUAAUGUGAUGACUGAACGAGAACUUAUGAGCUUGGACAAAAUCAAUUCAUCCACUUCGACUCGAAUAAACUGGUUCCGAUCAAUCGAUCAGAAGUAGAUGAUAAAUGGAUGAAAUAUAUGGAUGAGAACUCGAUGGAUAAAGAUUUAAAGAAUGGAUAAGUUGAGCGACAUGUAUACAUGAUCCAGGUUGGCACAUGCGGGACCUGCGCUGUUACUAAUGACUCCGGUUCAGCGCAGAGCGGGGAGGGCCUCGUCAGCUUAGGCGGGGGACAUGGAGCCCCCUACAGGCAUCACUCGGGGCCUGCCAGCAUGCGCAAGAAGGACUCGGGCUCUCGGGGCCCCUCGUCCCCGUCCUCGACGGCUGACCUAGCCACCCAGUCAACCCCGCGGGAAUUCUCCGCCCAGAGCUCGUCAACCACGCCCAACCAGCACGUCACGCCCUCCUGUCUCAAGUCACGUUCCGAUCAAAAACGGCUAGAAGUCAAAAUCGUCGGCUACACGCCCACCGUCCCGUCGCCCUCGUCACCCGCCGGCUCCUACGCCAGCAUGGGCGGGUCGGGGAACCCCGACCAGGGGAGGCAUGGCCCGGCGAUCCCCUUUUCCGCCCACGGACGAUACUACCCCACCCACGACCCCAACCCACCGGACGCCUUCGCCAUCGCUCGGUCCCGACACCGGAGCCGUCGCGUCGUCCUGAACGUGGGCGGCGUCAAGCACGAGGUCCUGUGGAGAACGUUGGAGCGCAUGCCCCACACGCGCCUGGGGAAGCUCAGAGACUGCUCGUGCCACGAGGCGUUGAUGGAGCUCUGUGACGACUACAACCUCUCGGAGAACGAGUACUUCUUCGACCGCCACCCUCGGUCCUUCGCCUCCAUCCUCAACUUCUACCGCACGGGCCGGCUGCACCUGGUGGAGGAGAUGUGCGUGCUGUCCUUCUCCGAGGACCUCGAGUACUGGGGCGUGGACGAGCUGUACCUGGAGUCCUGCUGCCAGCACCGGUACCACCAGAGGAAGGAGCACGUGUACGAGGAGAUCCGGAAGGAGGCCGAGUCCAUCCGGCAGCGAGACGAAGACGACUUUGGCACCGGGAUGUUCUCCCACUGGCGCCAGAAAGUCUGGGACCUUCUAGAAAAGCCCACAACAUCCAUGGCGGCUCGUUGGCAGACCGCGGGAAAAGUCGUGGCCAUCAUCUCCAUCCUGUUCAUCGUCCUCUCGACCAUCGCCUUGACCCUCAACACCAUCCCGUCCCUCCAGGACCGGGCCGACCCCUCCCUGAACCAGGACAACGAAGAGCUAGCUGUCGUGGAGGCUGUCUGCAUCGGCUGGUUCACGCUCGAGUACCUGGCCCGCUUCUGGGCCUCGCCCAACAAGUGGAAGUUCUUCAAAGGCCCGUUGAACGUCAUCGAUCUCCUGGCCAUCAUGCCGUACUUCAUCUCCCUCGGGCUGACGGAGACCAACAAAAGCACCACUGAACAGUUCCAGAAUGUGCGUCGCGUGGUUCAAAUUUUCAGGAUCAUGAGGAUUUUACGUAUUUUAAAACUGGCCCGACACUCGACCGGGCUGCAGUCGCUGGGUUACACACUGCAGCGGUCGUACAAGGAGCUCGGGAUGUUGCUGAUGUUCCUGGCUAUAUUCAUCCUGCUCUUCUCCUCGCUGGCGUACUUUGCCGAGAAGGACGAACCGGAGACGAAGUAUAAGAGUAUUCCAGAGACUUUUUGGUGGGCUGCAAUCACGAUGACCACAGUAGGUUACGGGGAUAUUUACCCUAAGACUGUGCUGGGAAAGGUCGUGGGCAGUGUUUGUUGUAUUUGCGGCGUCCUGGUCAUCGCCCUUCCCAUCCCCAUCAUCGUUAACAAUUUCGCCGAGUUUUAUAAAGAUCAGAUGCGCCGCGAGAAGGCGUUCAAGCGGCGGGAGGCGCUGGAGAAAGCCAAGCGCACCGGCAGCAUCGUGUCGUUCCACUCCAUCAACCUGCGGGACGCCUUCGCCAGGAGCGUCGACCUGAUGGAGGUCAACUCGCCCUCGCACAAGCUCCACCUGGACCACAACGGCGGCGACUCGUGCAGCACGGACAGCAAGCCGAGUCAGGCCGUCAUGGUGUCCGGCAACGCGGCGCCCGUCCAGGGCGGCGUGGCCCAGCACCACGGCGACCCCACGCUGCUCAACGCCGGCCGGCCCGCGGGCAGCUGUGACGACCUGGCCACCAACUGCAGCACCAACAACCUGCUCGACGCCGACGAGGACUCGCUCAAGAGAAUGACGUCAUCGCAGCCGCUGCUCAACGCCGAAUCUCAGGGAAGAAUGGAAGCCGGUCGAGCCGUCGGUGACAAGAGCUGUAUCGAGCUUCAACAGCUCCCACGUCAGAGCAGUAACGCCAGCAGCAGCGACACCUACAGCAGCUGCAUGACCCACCCGCAAGGUAGCCCGCGGAACUCGGGGGGUCAUGGGGGUCAGGCGGGGGGUGACCGGCACAAGCAGAACUUGUACGUCAAUCCUUUGGACGACCCCUCGAACCUGGAGCCCGAGGUCGUGCAGUCCCCGGGCGGGACCUGCUACGAUACCGUGUUCAAAGAAUCGCACCCCGACCCCCCGCCACACCUGCCCCAGCCACAUCACCUUUUUCACCACCAUCACCAUCAACAACCGCAGAAGCGACCCCUCGUCUAUCAGCCCCGGAACAAUUUCGGCCCGGAGCAGGAGACGAGAUUCAACGGGAGCAGCUCCAUCGAUAGCACCGGCUCCGGGAACCAGAUCGUUCAGAAACUGGACGACGGGUUCACGGCCACCUGGGAGCGGGGCCCCGCCACGACGUACCCGGCCCCACACCACCCGUACCAUUUCGUCUCGCCAUCGCAGGGGGUCAUGGGACUCGAUCCUUCCCAGCAUGCACCUAGCCCCGAGCACUCCCCCUCCGACUCGACCAGUCUGCUUCAAACGGAGAUGGAGACCACGUACCCCAGGAAAGCCAGCUUCAAGCGCUACAAGUCCCUCUCCGUUGAGAAGCACCCCCGGGUGGCCAACAUCAAGGAGCGGAACUACUCCUCCACCGACAGUUUGCACAUCAACGCCAGUGGCCGGCCCAGGCUCAAAUUUCGGAAAGCUGUGUCCCUGGCCAGUCGGCUCCAGCCCAGCCCAUCCACGGGGCGGAAGUUGGCCAAUUACCACCUCAUCUCCAACUCUAAACCAGCUCUGGAUGCUCCAAUCCCAGAAAAGUCAAUCGAGAAAUUUUCCGUCUUGCAGAGGUCCAGCCCCGCCCUUCUAGAACCUUCCCCUAAAAAACCUGCAAACCUGUCGGGCCACCGUCAGAAAGACAGUGCGCAGUGCGUGCUGACGUCACCCUCCUCCGAAUCUUCCUACUCCCUCGGGCCCUUGUCCGCCGGCCAGCGGCGCGCCCACUGGCGGUACUUCAACGCCAACAGUCACCCCCAGUCCAACUGCGACAACAACCUCUCGCAGGCCGACACCGGGCAGCGCAGUCCCCUCUACCGUCACUCGUCUUUCCCCCUGACUGGCCACCAGCUCAUGACCUGUGUCAACAUCGAUUCCCCCGACGAUAACGACGAGAACGUCAGCCCCCCGCCCAUCUCCUCUUGCCCCAACAACAACCUCAACAACAACAACAACAACACGACUCCUGUGCUCUGUGACUCGGCGUCCAGGCGUCGGGCCCUGCGGAACGUCAGGCAGUUUAUACCGGGUGCUAUUGUGCACUCGGAGGGCGAGGAAGAAGAGGAGGAGGAAGAAGAAGAGGACGACGAAGAAGAAGAGGAUAUAGACUGUAUAGCUUGGCCAACAACGAACGUCACACAAACUGUUCUCAGCCCAACAAGUCAGGAGGAAGGCAGUCAGCGAGGCUCAACAUCCGGUCUUUCAUCGUCUCCAUCAUCCGGGUCACUCUCCGAUCACAACCUGCUCAAAUCUUCGCCAUCAUCGGAUAUGGUUCCACGGCAACAGGGCUCUCAGAUUAGCGAAGAUCCCACGUCGCAGAGCCACAGUCUCUACGAGACCGCUGAAUCGCUGCCAGACGACAGUGAGAACGGCGUGGAUCCUUUUCAUUAUCAGUCAGAUCCUUCCCCACCCGGUAGCAACGGUGGUGGUGGUGGUGGUGGUGGGUUGAAUCACCAACAGCAACAGAUACCUACCCCUCAUCAACUUGCAUCGAUGCAACAACAUCAACCCAACUCCGUAAGUCCUUCUGAUGCCAGUACUAAAUUUGACAAAAAUCCCCAUCUGAAUGUGGCCGGUGGAACGAGUGGUUAGGUGAUUAGCUAAAUAUUUUGUCCAUUUUUAAAUACACAACUGACAAAACGGUAGUAAAAAAAUUUUUUACAAAUAUACUUUUUAAUAAUUUGUUGGAAACCCGUAUGAUGCAAGCAGAUAGUAACUGCAAGAGGCAUUUUUUUUCAUACUGCACAGUCAUAGUUGACCAUAACUGCUGUUAAUAUAGUUAUGUAUUUUUUUUAUUUCAGUUUUCUUUGGUUUAGAGAAAAACAAACAAUUUUUUUUUAAAAAAUCGAUUUUUGGGGAUUGAAUGACCCAACCAACCAAACAUCGGCAGGAUUACCAAGGCUUCCAACUGGGCAAUAUAAUUAUGUUGUACAGAUUUUAAUGACAAUAAUGUAUAUAUUUUAUUUGGCGCACACAAAAAACUAUUCAGCACUAAUUUAAGAAAAAACUUUUCUGCUGUGUGUAGGGUCCUCAUUUUGUGUUCUUUGUUUACUCGAUGUUGGCUUUAACACACACAAAAAUAUUCACACGCUAAAACAUUAUUACAAGAGCCAAAAGUUUUUCUUUAUUUACAACAUGGCAGCAAAAAUAAAUUUUGAGUAAACUUGGUUUGAUCUAUUUGAUCAAUAAAUGUAGGACAUGUCAAAGAAAUAAAGAUAACCUACAAAAUCUUGCUUUAAGUUGAACUCUUUAAACAUUUAAUUCACCAAAAAAAAAUUAAAAUUUUUACGGUUCUCUUAAUUCCUUAUGAGUUGACGGUUAAAUAAACAUAGUGGUUAACCACUAAAUGUAUCACGUUAUGUGAUUUCCAGUCACAUUUUGAUAUCGAAAAUUGAUUUAUUUACAAAGUACACCCUAGCUUUAAUUUUCACUUGAAACAUUUAAUAUAACUUGCCAGGUUUUUAACACGUUUAAACAUUUUAAGCUAGCACAGUUAAACGAAAUAUAAUAUUAUUGUCAUCAUCUUUGAUCUUUCGGUUUCUCUGUUUGAAAAGCAGGCUUAAUUUUUUUUUAACACUCAAAAGAUUUGAUUUUUUUUUCCUCAAACAAUGAAAAAGGCAGCGUUAUCAACGCAGAAUAAUGUAUUUUAUUUAUAAAAAAUAAAAGGUGAAAACUGUUUGCAGCUGUGUUGAGAAAAUAUAGUUGCUAAAGUGUCAAAACUUGCCAAAUUGUUCAUUAAGUAGGCCUACUGUUAGUUUAGAUCUACUUUAACUAUGUGAUUGUGAUAGCAUAGCCUACUUCUAGAUCUAUAUAGUCUAGAUCCAGUAGGCCUAAUCACCUCUCUACUUAUGAUCGUCUCUUUUAAAUGAUCACCUCAUGCUCUAAACAAAAGUGUUUCAUAUCUCCCACUGUUUUGCUUUUAUAAAAAGCUACCGUAAAGUGUGUAAUCGAAUAGGAAAUAAUCAAACAAACUUGCCAUAACUUAAAAUAAGGCUACAUAUGAAAGACAAAAAUACAUGGUAACCCGACAUAAUAUUUCUAUAUUAUUUAUGACCUUAUUUUAGGAAGAUUAAUUCUUGUUAAUACAAUCAAUUUUUUUUUAUUGGCAUGAUUUAUAAUAACAAUCGAUCUUUUUUUAGCUGGUGUACCUUUUGCAAUUUAGAUCAAGUAUCAGUUUUAAAAAAUUUACAAGUACAUUUUAGUUUAUCCCAAUAUAGUUUAUUCUGUAGAUCUAUUAAGACAUGUACAAACAUA